UAAGCAUGCUUCCAAUAAGCUUUCAUUUGUUAACGUCCAUUUCUGCCAAAUACUCCACUAAAGUUAAUUUAAAUUUGUAGUUAGUUUGAGUGCAUAAUGGUAUUACUUUACAAACUUACCUGCUCGAUGUGGAUCCACAUCGUCUUAACCUUAAUUCUAAUAAAUCCCUCUGAAGAAAUAUGCACAAAAAUCAGAACCUUUAAACGCAGACUCUAUAUUUAUAUGUCGUGUACCAAAAUAACUCCCAGCUAUAACUUAAAUAGAGACAUCUUAGCCAAAAUGGAUUAUAGUAUCGAAGAUUUGUUAGUGUUAAACAGUAGCAUUCCCGAAUUGAACCGAGAAAUGUUUCUUAAUGUCACCUUUAACAAUGUGACGAUACAAGCUAACGUGGAAAUUAUUCAAGACGAAGCUUUUAAGGAUUUUAACGUCACUUCGCUCAUAUUAGACCACAACGAUAUUAAAAAAAUAAAGGACAAGAGUUUUAGUUCAUCACGGAUAGAAUUUUUGAGUUUACAGAACAACAGCAUAAGCGAGAUCAAAGUUAACAAUUUCCAGGGAUUGUCAGGACUCGAGAAACUGUACUUAAAAUAUAAUGACAUCACGGAUAUUGAAGAAGAUUCUUUUAGUUCCUUGACCAAUAUCAAGGAACUAGACCUAUCAUUCAAUAAAUUAGUAGAACUUCACUUCGGUCUGUUUGAAACCAUGACCCUAUUACAAACUAUUUACUUAAACAACAAUUUGUUGAAAGGACUGAGUGAUCAUGUUUUCUCUGGGUGUAAAGCCUUGACAUUUUUAAAUAUUGCUAAUAAUUUCAUCACUAUAUUGGAUGCUAGAUAUUAUCCAAACUCCCUUUUUUCUGUAAACGCCAGUAAUAACCGAUUAAUGUCUGUCGAUUUUUCAAAUUUGGAAAACUUAGAUAACCUUGACUUGAAUUUUAAUAAUUUAAAGACAGUAACAAAUUCGUUAUAUAACCUAUAUGCCUUAAGUGAUUUAUAUCUCAGUUACAAUUCACUUGGUCCUUCUAUAGAUACAAAAACUUUCCAUCACACGAAGAAUUUAAUUACAUUAAAUCUAGAUGGUAAUGGCUUACGAAAUAUCGACAUUCAAAUGUUAAAUAAUUUGUCACGACUUGGAAUAUUGUCUUUAGCAGCAAACAGUCUAACCAACUUAGACUUUUCUAAUCUUAACAUACCGCUUAGGACUUUGAUCCUGGGCAAAAAUUCCUUGAGUGAAAUACGAAACUUGUCCAAUAUGCAUAAUUUGAUGAAGCUGGACCUCAGUUAUAAUAACUUAGAAGAAAUUGGAUAUGAUACCUUCGGAACUAUGACGAUUCUGUCGCAGCUUUGGCUGCAGCACAACUCAAUACGUCUCCUUCACUUGGGCUGUUUUAGAAACUUACAUCUACUACGAGAUUUGAACUUGAGCCACAAUAGAAUCAUCAAUUUAGAAGUAGGGUUAUUCACAGGCCUCAGUGGAUUAGCCAUAUUGGACAUAAGUUACAACAAUAUCUCUCAUUUAGAUGAAAAUAUUUUCCACAGUACAAAACACCUUGCAUUUCUAAAUAUUUCUUACAACCAUUUAAGCGAUCUCGAAGCAAGAAAUAUCCGGACCCACACGUUUUGGCUCAGGGAAAUCACUUUGUUUGGCAAUAACUGGACAUGCAAGCGUUUGAUAGACAAUUUUAAAGGAAAUACGCCCUUGACUCACGGCACAUCAUUUAACGUCACUAACGUUUUUGGGAUACCUUGUACCAACACUAAUAAUAGUAGCCAACAGGCUAACCAGACCGAUGAUUCAGUAAAUUUGUCAAAGUAUUUGGAUUCUGUUAAAGCAUUUGAGAAAGAAAUUUCCUCUAAAAUGACUGUGAUUGUAGUUGUUUUAAUUAUAUUGUCGCUUUUAAUUUGUAUGAAAUUUGCUUUGCCUAAAUGCUCUUCUUGCUUCAAUGAAGCUAAGCAGUUUUUUUACACAAGACACAGAGAUGAACAAGAAAUACAACUAUAAUGUAAUAUGUGCAUUGUUAUAAAUAAAUAAAACAUGUUCGUUCUAGCAAUUUAUUCAAUCUAGCGCUUGUACAGCAAAUAUCGCAAAUUUAUUUACAGAGACUGUAAUUCGAAAGUGUCGGGUGAAAAGAAAACAUUUAUAUUCAUUUAACUUUUACGAUCAUUAGGUUACGAUCUCAUACUGUAAAAAUUUUUAGUUCUAAAAAUCUGUUUUAUUCUUUAUCACGUGAUGGUACCCAUACAAUAUAUUUUUUGUGAUAAUUUAAUAUUUAAGUUAUAACAAUAGUUACUAUGUACUACCAUAUAUGUAAA